AUGGUUUCAUUGGACAAUUAUGCUAAAGCUGGUCAAAAAGUCUAUACAGCUAUUGGUCUAGAGGGCUCUGCAAAUAAAUUAGGAGUUGGUAUAAUACGACAUCAACUUGGGGAUUUAUCACAAACUAAUAGAGCUGAAGUUUUAUCAAAUAUAAGAGAUACAUAUAUAACACCACCUGGAGAAGGUUUCUUACCUCGUGAUACUGCACGUCAUCAUAGAAAUUGGGUUGUUAGAUUGAUUAAAAAUGCUAUCAAAGAAGCUGGCUUAAAACCAUCUGAAUUGGAUUGUAUUUGUUUUACAAAAGGUCCUGGUAUGGGUGCACCUUUACAAAGUGUUGUCAUUGCAGCUAGAACCUUAAGUCAGCUAUGGGAUUUGCCAUUGAUUGGUGUUAAUCAUUGUAUUGGUCAUAUUGAAAUGGGUAGAGAAAUCACAGGUGCUUGGAAUCCAGUUGUUUUAUAUGUCAGUGGUGGUAAUACUCAAGUUAUUGCAUAUAGUAAUCAAAGAUAUAGAAUCUUUGGUGAAACUUUGGAUAUUGCUAUUGGUAAUUGUUUGGAUAGAUUUGCAAGAACUUUAAAAAUUCCAAAUGAUCCAAGUCCUGGAUAUAAUAUUGAACAAUUGGCUAAAAAAGGUUCAAAUUAUGUUGAAUUACCAUAUACAGUGAAAGGUAUGGAUUUAAGUAUGAGUGGUAUUUUAGCAUAUAUUGAUCAAUUAGCAAAUGAUUUGUUUAAAAAUAAUUAUUCAAAUAAAUUGAUAUUUGAUAAAGAAACAAAAAAACCAAAGAUUACUGUUGAAGAUUUAUGUUUUUCAUUACAAGAAACAUUAUUUGCAAUGUUGGUUGAAAUCACUGAAAGGGCAAUGGCUCAUGUUAAUACUAAUCAAGUAUUAAUAGUUGGAGGUGUUGGAUGUAAUGAAAGAUUACAAAAACAAAUGGAAUUGAUGGUUUUAGAUAGAAAUGGUUCUAUUUUCGCUACGGAUGAAAGAUUUUGUAUUGAUAAUGGGAUUAUGAUUGCACAUGCUGGGUUACUAGAAUAUAGAAUGGGUCAAAAGUUUGAUUUUAAAGAUACUGUUUGCACUCAAAAAUUCAGAACAGAUGAAGUUUUAGUUAGAUGGAGAGAUUGA